AUGUUUAAUCUCCGGAGAUUAAUAUCCGGCGCCACAAACAACACUCCAACAGAUUUACAGGUUUCGCCUAUGGGAAGUCCUGUCAGUGGUCCUGUAAAUGCCGGGAAGUCUGAGAAAGAUAAGCACAAGGAAUCCGAGGUUAGUAAUCAGAACAAGAAUUCGUCAACUGUGGAUUCGGAGGGCUCCAAGAAAAAGGACGAUGUUAUUGAUAAAAAUAAAAACAAUACGGAUGUUUCAAGCCCACCGGAUGGUAUGAAGAAAGGUGUAUUGGACGAAAAAGGGAAGGGGAAGGUGGAAAAUACCACAAAAACACAUUUGGGCAGUAAUGAUAGUUGUGAGGGAUCGCAGAGGAGCUGCAGAGAUAAGGGGAUGCUUGCCUGCAUUUUUACCUCCAAAAAUGGUUCCAAAGAACUGUUCAUUUUGGUGCAAAAUGAAGGGGAAAGCAAUUUGAAAGUUGAUGUCAAUUUCCCUAAUUCUAAGGAAAGUGGAUUCCCGGCAUUUGAAGUACCAAACAACCAAAUUAAAAAGAUUACUAUCUCGUCAAACCUGGGCAAAAGCAGCAAAAUAAUAUUAAGUUCUGGAAAUGGGAACUGUGUGUUUGACUUGAAUAGUUCUGUUUCUGUAGAGAACUUCCUCUGGCAGUUCUCUUCCUACUCUAGACAGGUGACCCCUAUUUAUGUUGCAUACUUCUUCUUUCUAUUCGCUUUGCUUUGUGGAGGGACUUGGGCUUGCUGCAAGUUAAAGAAGAGGAGCGUGCACGAUGGUAUCCCAUAUCAGGAGCUUGAAAUGGGCUUGCCAGAAUCCACUUCAGCUGUCAAUGUGGAGACAGCAGAAGGUUGGGAUCAGGAUUGGGAUGAUGAUGAUUGGGAUGAGGAGACUGCAGUAAAAUCACCUGGAGGGCACAAUAUUAGGAGUAUCUCUGCAAAUGGCUUUACUUCAAGGUCUUCUAAGAAAGACGGAUGGGAUGAUGACUGGGAUGAUUAG